UUUGGUUGCCCUUAAUUUUUCGAAUUAUUUUAUUCAACUUUCAAAAAAUAAGGUUUAAUAAUUGAAACUUGGUUAAAUUUGAAGUAGUUCUAAGAAUUUUGAUAUUGUGUCGAUUUUUAGACGAUUAAUUGAUUGCUAAUGAUUAAUCGAUUGAACCCUAAUUCCAAAGUGAAUUACAACCCUGCUCCAAAAGCGUCUACCUUAGCGGUCCGUUUAAUUUCCCCUUUGCCGUGCUUUUCGAUUCGAAAACAGAAAGAGAAGAAUACCAAGUUGUUUAUAACAUAUCAACAUUUUUGAGCCUCGAAUACACACAAACGCACGCGAACUUUACCGUUUGAAAGAGGACAAGCAAAUUGCAAAGUUUGCAUUUUUCACGUGUUCUGCGUUGUUUUUCUUUAUCUCAUAAUCCAAACAAUAUAAAACUUCGCGCUGAUACAAAUAUGGAUGAUUGCGAGUGGGAAGAUUUCGAAAAUAAUAAUGAGAACGAGAUCAGGACUCAGGCGUUCUCAAGGAUGAAUGAUAAGUGCGUGAGAAGCCUUCGAAGCGGUGAUAAUUCUCGCGGCUACGGAGGUGAUUAUAAAAGGGAUGAUAGUCUCCGUGACUACGAUAAUUACGGAGGACGACGUGAAAAGCGAGGCAAUCGCGAUAAUUACGGCGGAGAAGGAGCUUUUAGCGAGUCCUUGAGAAUCGAUUCAGAAAUGAUCGGAAAAGUCAUUGGAAGAGCCGGAUCAAACAUUUCCCGGAUUCAGACCGAUUUUAAUGUUCGCGUUAAGGUGGAUAGGUGCGAUUUGAUGGUCAAGAUAUCGGGUAGCGACCAGAGCAAUGUCGCUGAUGCUAUCAAUCAUGUUCGAAAGCAGAUCGGUGAGUCGAGGAAUAGAGGAAGAGAUCGGGAAAGUAGGAGCUAUGGUUCUUAUGGUGGAGAUGGAGGAGGCGGUAGCGGAUAUGGCAGAUCUAAGGGUAGUGGCUAUCAGUUUAACCCCCCUUCUCCCAGGCCAAUCCAGGGUGAUGGAGAUCUCACCGGCACCAUCGAUUGGGCAGGCUUAAACAAAGCUUCGGAAGCAGCUACUGCGGCUCGCUGGGCCAAGUGCCCGCCGCUGACAAAGAACUUCUACAAAGAGGCUCCCGAGGUGGCCAAUCUUUCAGACGUUCAGGUCGAGCAAAUUCGUGAGAGGAAUAACAAGAUCACAGUCUCGCAUGUUUUCGAACCGAAGGAAGGAGAAACUACAACGCCCAUUCCAAAUCCUAUUUGGACCUUCGAGCAAUGCUUUUCUCAAUAUCCGGAUCUGCUGGGCGAGAUCACCAAAAUGGGUUUCACCAACCCUUCGCCCAUCCAAUCGCAGGCAUGGCCCAUUCUUCUCCAGGGACACGAUAUGAUUGGCAUCGCCCAAACUGGCACAGGAAAAACAUUGGCUUUCCUUUUACCCGGAAUGAUUCACACGGAGUAUCAGAGUACGCCCAGAGGUCAAAGGGGCGGUGCCAAUGUGCUGGUGAUGGCUCCUACUCGAGAGCUAGCUCUGCAGAUUGAAAUGGAGGUGAAGAAGUACUCCUUCCGCAACAUGAAAGCUGUUUGUGUAUACGGCGGCGCCGAUCGACGCAUGCAGAUUUCGGACUUAGAGCGUGGUGCGGAGAUUAUCAUCUGUACUCCGGGACGUCUUAACGACCUGGUCCAGGCCAACGUUAUUGAUGUAAGCAGCAUCACUUAUCUGGUGCUCGACGAGGCAGAUCGCAUGCUGGACAUGGGUUUUGAACCGCAGAUCCGUAAAGUAAUGCUGGAUAUUCGUCCGGAUCGUCAGACUAUUAUGACUUCGGCCACUUGGCCACCCGGAGUUCGCCGUUUAGCGCAGAGCUACAUGAAGAAUCCCAUUCAGGUGUGUGUUGGCUCCCUUGAUCUGGCAGCCACGCAUUCGGUUCAGCAAGUGAUUGAAUUGCUUGAAGACGAUUGUGAGAAGUUCAACAUGAUUAAGUCCUUCGUUAAGAACAUGAACAAGACGGACAAGAUCAUCAUUUUCUGCGGGCGCAAGGCUCGUGCCGAUGACUUGUCAAGUGAUCUCACGCUAGAUGGCUUUAUGACCCAGUGCAUUCACGGUAAUCGCGAUCAGAGCGAUCGUGAGCAGGCUAUAGCUGACAUCAAGUCGGGUGCCGUGCGCAUUCUUGUUGCCACCGAUGUGGCAUCGCGAGGCCUGGACAUCGAGGACAUCACUCAUGUCAUCAACUAUGAUUUUCCGCGCAAUAUCGAGGAGUAUGUUCACCGUGUGGGACGCACUGGACGUGCUGGCCGAAAGGGCGUCUCGAUUAGUUUUAUAACUCGUGAAGAUUGGGGCAUGGCCAAGGAACUAAUUGAUAUCCUCCAAGAGGCGGAGCAGGAAGUGCCAGAUGAGCUGCACAACAUGGCUAGGCGUUUUCAGGCCAUGAAGGAUAGACGCGCAGCUGAAGGCGGCGGACGCAAUGGCCCCCGACGAUUUGGCGGUGGUGGAUUCCGCAAUUUCGAUUGAAUCUCGAUGUUGACAUUUUGUAGUUUUAAAGAGACGACAGUGCAUUUAAGUGCCUUGAAAUGUUGUUUAAAACUAGAUUUAAUCCAAAAAUAAACCCAGUGUGGGAAAGUAAAAAGGAAGAUUGAGAUGGUCCUUAAAAUGAAUUAAGGUUUUAAAAACCAAUACAAUACCA